AUGGUGAUUGGGAGAGUGAUGGUGACUGUGAGAGUGAUGGUGACUGUGAGAGUGAUGGUGACUGUGAGAGUGAUGGUGACUGUGAGAGUGAUGGUGACUGUGAGAGUGAUGGUGACUGUGAGAGUGAUGGUGACUAGCGAUGGUGACUUUGAGAAUGAUGGUGACUUUGAGAGUGAUGGUGACUGUGACAGUGAUGGUGAUUGUGAGAGUGAUGGUGAUUGUGAGAGUGAUGGUGACUGUGAGAGUGAUGGUGAUUGUGAGAGUGAUGGUGAUUGUGAGAGUGAUGGUGAUUGUGAGAGUGAGGGUGACUGUGAGAGUGAUGGUGAUUGUGAGAGUGAUGGUGAUUGUGACAGUGAUGGUGAUUGUGAGAGUGAUGGUGAUUGUGAUAGAGAUGGUGAUUGUGACAGUGAUGGUGAUUGUGACAGUGAUGGUGAUUGUGACAGUGAUGGUGAUUGGGAGAACACGGUGGAAAGAAACACGUUUAAUAUAAUGUUGUAG